AUGUGUAUAAAUCAAGUCUGUGAGACAAACAGAAUUAAUGCUUUGGAAGGACCGUCAUUUAAAUUUGACAGUCGUUUUAACGGUGUUAGAGGAUGGGAAAUUAAAUGUCCAGAUAUUCAACAAAUUGAAGAAGAAAAUUCUCCAGAAGAAGAGGAAGAGAAGAAAAAAGAAGAAAAUAAUAAUUUAAAUGAAGAAUGGGGAACUCCAAAAAUAUAUUCACCUAUAGAAGGGGAAUUGGUUGGAAGAAUUAGAGUUAAUAGUGAACCUGGGGCACAGACUUAUACUGGCUGUACUAAUGAAGGAAUAUUUAUUGUUGGGGCUGGAAAGUGGAAUGAUUAUGAAGUUAGAAUUUACAAUGCUCGCUUUCUUGAAUCUCUACCUUUAGGGCGUCAGAAUAUAGAGCAGGGUCAACAUAUCGGUUAUCGUCUAAAAUGUCCAAACGACAAUAUAUCCCCAACCGUUUUUAUCGAAGUUCGUUUCCAAGGUGUUUUGCUUGAUAUAAGUGAUGCUAUAAGUGCAAAAAGUUGUAAACACAAAUCUUUGAGAAAUUUAAUUGAACAACGAUUUAAUUAUUGA